GCGAGGGGGGGCGGGGUGGCGCGCGCGCCGUUAGUGCCCCCCCCUUCUCUCCGCCGCGCCCUCCGUGAGGAGAUCCCGCCGGGGGUCCCGGGAGUCCCCGGGAGUUCCUGCUGGGCUCUGCCAAGCUGGGGCCAAACUGCCCCCUUCGUCCCGGUGGCGGCGCCAGGAGCCCCUCGCCGCCCGGAAUGGGGUUGUGCGACUGCCCUUGGCGCUGCCCUUCCCUUCCCAGGGGAUCCCCAGCACCGUGUCUCCUCUGCUCCUCAGUAAUCAGGGGUAGGCAAGGGCGUGUUUUUCCGCUUUUGCUCAGGAAGUACUCAACAUUAAGCAACAUGUCUUCCACCAAACCUCCAAAUGAAAAUGAAACACCCAAAGAGAGAAAACCAGGACUGAGGAGUGUUCAGACAACUAUGCUUUUCCGAGCUGUGAACCCAGAGCUUUUCAUUAAACCUAACAAACCUGUGAUGGCGUUUGGACUGAUUGCAAUUAGUCUCUGUGUGGCCUACCUUGGUUAUUUGCAUGCAACAGCAGAGAAUAAAAAAGACCUCUACGAAGCAAUCGACAGUGAGGGGUCCAGAUAUAUGAGGAGGAAAACUUCCAAGUGGGACUGAGAAUGUAAGAAAGGAAAUCAGUAAAUCACUCACAGAACUUUUCCAGGCAACUACUGUUUUUUUCUCUUUCCCUUGAAAUAAUGGAUAAAUGUCUCGCUUGCUAUUUAAUCCAAUUCAAGUUCCUUUAUAAAAUGCUGUGCCUGUGUAAAUAAACUGCAGUAAAGAUAUAUCUGAAAAUAAAAGUGAUUUUAAGAA